AUGAGAAGAACUCGGGUUGAUGAACUGAACCAAAUGUGCACCAGGCUAGGCAAACAUAGAUAUACAUUUCAGGAUAGGCAGAAAAUAAGAUUCAAACAUAUUGUAGUAGAUGACAAGAACAAAGCGAUGUUUUGCUAUGUGCCGAAAGUUGCAUGUACACAUUUGUUGCGAAUAUUUUUAUCACUCAGUGAUAACAUAAAUGUAUCUAAUCCUCUUCAUUUGGAAGGGAAAGAUGUCCAUAUUUUGAAAAGAAAGCUAACUUACUUGGAUACAUACUCCAAUCCAGAAAUCGAGUACCGAAUAAAUCAUUAUAAGAACGUGAUUUUUGUCCGGGAACCACUUGAACGUGUUUUUUCAGCAUUUAGGAGUAAAUUCGUUCUAACACAUGACCCUAGAUUUAUAAACUAUUAUGGGAGAAAAAUCAAAAACAGAUCCCGAAACGUUUCCAGUAAGAUGUCUACAGAUAAACAUGGAGUAAAUUUUACAGAUUUUGUUCAAUACUUACUACAUUGGAGAACAAUCGAAGAAGGAUACAAUGAACAUUGGGACUCGUACUGUAACCUUUGUCAUCCAUGUCUUGUAAAGUAUAACUUUAUUGGAAAAUAUGAAUCAUUUGAGAAAGACGUUGCUGCUCUCUUAAAACUUCUCAGUAUUGAGGGUAGAGUCCAGUUUCAAAAAAGAGAAGAAAAUUAUAUGCAUGUGCCAUCGGCAGACAUGAUGUCUACUUAUUUUAAAAUGAUACCGCAAGAACUGUUUGAAGAUCUAAUACAAAUUUAUACAGAGGACUAUCUAUUAUUUGACUACGAGAUUCCGUCCAUUGAACAAGUAUUGAAGAGACAUAUGUCAUUUUAA